GGGCGGCGCGGGCCGGGCCUGAGCGAGUCGGGGCCGGGCAGGCGGGAGGCGGCCCGCGCAGCCGGCGGAGUUGCCGGAACAUGGCGGAGGAGCCCGGGGCGCGCUUCGGCGCGGAGCGGCGGCGGCCGGCGCCCGAGGAGCUGUAGCCGCCGCCGCCGCCGCCGCCGCGGGGCGAGGUCGCCGCCAUGGCCCGCUGGAUCCCGACCAAGAGGCAGAAGUACGGGGUUGCGAUCUAUAACUACAAUGCUUCUCAAGAUGUGGAGCUCUCCUUGCAGAUUGGCGACACGGUCCACAUCCUGGAGAUGUAUGAGGGUUGGUACAGAGGAUAUACCCUCCAAAAUAAAUCUAAAAAGGGUAUUUUCCCUGAAACGUAUAUCCAUUUGAAGGAGGCAACUGUGGAAGACCUCGGGCAGCACGAGACUGUGAUUCCCGGCGAGCUGCCCCUGGUGCAGGAGCUCACGUCCACGCUGCGAGAAUGGGCUGUCAUCUGGCGAAAGCUCUAUGUGAACAACAAGGUCACCCUCUUCCGCCAGCUACAGCAGAUGACAUACAGCCUGAUCGAGUGGCGGUCCCAGAUCCUAUCAGGGACACUCCCCAAGGACGAACUGGCAGAGCUCAAGAAGAAGGUCACGGCCAAAAUUGAUCAUGGCAACAGGAUGCUCGGGUUGGAUCUGGUGGUGCGAGACGACAACGGGAACAUUUUGGACCCGGAUGAAACCAGCACCAUUGCCCUCUUCAAGGCCCACGAAGUAGCCUCCAAAAGGAUUGAGGAGAAGAUUCAAGAAGAAAAGUCGAUGUUGCAGAACCUGGACUUUCGGGGCCAGUCCAUCUUCAGCGCCGUCCACACCUACGGCCUCUACGUGAACUUCAAGAACUUUGUCUGCAACAUCGGGGAGGACGCGGAGCUGUUCAUGGCCCUCUACGACCCCGACCAGUCCACUUUUGUCAGUGAGAACUAUCUGAUCCGUUGGGGCAGUAACGGGAUGCCUAAGGAAAUAGAGAAACUCAACAACCUCCAAGCUGUGUUCACUGAUCUCAGCAGCACGGACCUCAUCCGGCCCCGCAUCAGCCUCGUGUGCCAGAUCGUCCGCGUGGGCCACAUGGAGCUGAAGGAAGGCAAGAAGCACACCUGUGGGCUCCGGAGACCUUUUGGGGUUGCAGUGAUGGAUAUUACCGAUAUCAUACACGGGAAGGUGGACGAUGAAGAAAAGCAGCAUUUUAUUCCCUUUCAGCAGAUCGCAAUGGAAACCUACAUCCGCCAGAGGCAGCUCAUCAUGUCGCCCUUGAUAACGUCGCAUGUGAUCGGGGAGAAUGAGCCACUCACUUCGGUCUUAAACAAAGUGAUAGCAGCCAAGGAAGUGAAUCACAAAGGACAAGGCCUUUGGGUGUCGUUGAAGCUGUUGCCAGGUGACCUGACACAGGUCCAGAAGAAUUUUUCACACUUGGUUGAUAGAUCAACAGCAAUAGCCCGGAAAAUGGGCUUUCCGGAAAUAAUACUGCCAGGAGACGUCCGGAAUGAUAUUUAUGUCACCCUCAUCCACGGCGAGUUUGACAAAGGGAAAAAGAAGACGCCGAAGAACGUGGAGGUGACCAUGUCUGUGCAUGACGAGGACGGCAAGGUGUUGGAGAAAGCAAUUCAUCCAGGUGCAGGAUACGAAGGCAUUUCAGAGUACAAAUCGGUCGUCUAUUACCAAGUCAAGCAGCCCUGUUGGUAUGAGACUGUCAAGGUAUCCAUCGCUAUAGAAGAGGUCACACACUGUCAUAUACGAUUUACCUUCCGACACAGGUCAUCUCAGGAAUCCAGAGACAAAUCAGAGCGAGCCUUCGGGGUGGCCUUCGUGAAGCUGAUGAACCCGGACGGCACCACUCUGCAGGAUGGGAGGCACGAUCUGGUGGUUUAUAAGGGCGACAACAAGAAAAUGGAAGAUGCUAAACUCUACCUGACUCUGCCUGGGACCAAGAUGGAGAUGGAAGAAAAAGAGCUCCAAGCGUCCAAAACCCCGGCCACCUUUGCCCCAAGCAAGGACAGCACAAAAGAUAGCUUUCAGAUCGCCACCCUCAUUUGCUCCACAAAGCUCACCCAGAACGUGGACCUGUUAGGCUUGCUAAAUUGGCGUUCCAGCUCCCAGAACAUUAAACACAACCUCAAGAAGUUAAUGGAGGUGGACGGAGGAGAGAUUGUUAAGUUUUUGCAAGAUACACUAGAUGCACUUUUUAACAUAAUGAUGGAAAUGUCAGACAAUGAAACGUAUGACUUCCUUGUGUUUGAUGCACUGGUAUUUAUUAUUUCACUGAUAGGAGACAUCAAGUUCCAGCAUUUUAAUCCUGUACUUGAAACCUACAUUUACAAGCACUUCAGUGCCACGCUGGCGUACGUGAAACUCUCCAAGGUACUGAAUUUUUACGUGGCGAAUGCAGAAGACUCCAGCAAGACAGAGUUGCUUUUUGCCGCUUUGAAAGCCUUGAAGUAUUUGUUUAGGUUCAUCAUCCAGUCUCGAGUGCUCUACUUGAGAUUUUACGGCCAGAGCGAAGAUGGAGAUGAAUUUAACAAUUCAAUCCGCCAGUUGUUUCUUGCUUUCAACACGCUCAUGGACAGGCCUCUGGAGGAAGCCGUCAAGAUCAAGGGGGCGGCUUUGAAGUACCUUCCUAGCAUAAUUAAUGACGUCAAACUUGUGUUUGAUCCCGUGGAGCUCAGCGUGCUCUUCUGCAAGUUCAUUCAAAGCAUUCCUGACAACCAGCUGGUUCGGCAGAAACUGAACUGCAUGACCAAGAUAGUAGAGAGCAGUCUCUUCCGGCAGUCGGAGUGCAGAGACGUGCUGCUGCCGCUGCUGACGGACCAGCUCAGCGGCCAGUUAGACGACAACUCCAGCAAGCCCGACCACGAGGCGAGCUCGCAGCUGCUCAGCGGCAUCCUGGAGGUGCUGGACAGGAAGGAUGUGGGCCCCACGGCGCCACACGUCCAGCUGAUAAUGGAGCGGCUGCUGAGGAGGAUCAACCGCACGGUGAUCGGGAUGAACCGGCAGUCUCCCCACAUCGGGAGUUUUGUGGCUUGCAUGAUUGCCAUCCUGCGGCAAAUGGAGGACAGCCACUACGGCCACUACAUCAGCACUUUCAAAACCAGACAGGACAUCAUUGACUUCCUCAUGGAAACUUUCAUCAUGUUUAAGGAUCUGAUUGGGAAAAAUGUCUAUGCCAAGGAUUGGAUGGUCAUGAACAUGACACAGAGCAGGGUUUUUCUCCGUGCUAUAAAUCAGUUUGCCGAAGUUCUCAUGAGAUUGUUCAUGGAUCAGGCAAGGUUUGAACUUCAGCUCUGGAACAAUUACUUCCAUUUGGCAGUAGCAUUUCUCACCCAUGAAUCUCUUCAGCUUGAAACCUUCUCACAAGCCAAGCGCAGCAAAAUUAUAAAAAAAUACGGGGACAUGAGAAAAGAACUCGGCUUUAGAAUCCGGGACAUGUGGUAUAACCUGGGUCCUCAUAAAAUCAAAUUCAUCCCAUCCAUGGUGGGUCCCAUUCUGGAGGUCACUCUGACCCCCGAAGUAGAGCUCCAGAAAGCCACAAUCCCCAUUUUCUUUGAUAUGAUGCAGUGUGAGUUCAAUUUCAGUGGCAAUGGAAAUUUCCAUAUGUUUGAGAACGAGUUGAUCACGAAGCUGGACCAGGAGGUAGAAGGGGGCAGAGGAGAUGAACAAUACAAGGUUCUUCUGGAAAAACUGCUCCUAGAACAUUGCCGGAAACAUAAGUACCUCUCCGGCUCUGGGGAGGUGUUCGCAUUCCUGGUCAGCAGCCUCUUGGAGAACCUGUUGGACUACAGAACCAUCGUCAUGCAUGACGAGAGCAAGGAGAACCGCAUGAGCUGCACGGUGAACGUGCUGAAUUUCUAUAAAGAAAAGAAGAGAGAGGACAUAUACAUAAGAUACUUGUACAAGCUCCGAGAUCUGCACCGCGACUGUGAGAACUACACGGAAGCCGCCUGCACGCUUCUCUUGCACGCGGAGCUGCUGCAGUGGUCUGACAAGCCCUGUGUGCCCCAUUUGCUUCAGAGAGACAGUUACUAUGUUUAUACCCAGCAAGAGCUUAAAGAGAAGCUGUAUCAAGAAAUUAUAUCAUAUUUUGACAAAGGCAAAAUGUGGGAGAAGGCAAUCAAACUGAGCAAGGAGUUGGCCGAGACGUACGAGAGCAAAGUGUUUGACUACGAGGGCCUUGGCAAUCUCUUGAAAAAGAGAGCCUCGUUUUAUGAGAACAUCAUUAAGGCAAUGAGGCCUCAGCCUGAGUACUUUGCUGUCGGAUACUACGGCCAGGGCUUUCCUUCUUUCCUGCGGAAUAAAAUCUUUAUCUACCGGGGGAAGGAGUAUGAGAGGCGAGAGGACUUCAGCCUGAGGUUGCUGACGCAGUUCCCCAACGCGGAGAAGAUGACCAGUACCACGCCCCCCGGAGAAGACAUCAAGUCCUCGCCGAAGCAGUACAUGCAGUGUUUCACUGUGAAGCCCGUGAUGAACCUGCCGCCCAGCUACAAGGAUAAACCAGUUCCGGAGCAGAUCUUAAACUACUACAGAGCUAACGAAGUUCAGCAGUUCAGAUAUUCCCGGCCGUUCCGGAAAGGAGAAAAGGACCCGGACAAUGAAUUUGCUACCAUGUGGAUUGAACGCACCACGUACACGACUGCCUAUACCUUUCCCGGGAUUCUCAAGUGGUUUGAAGUCAAACAGAUUUCCACAGAGGAGAUCAGCCCCCUGGAGAACGCCAUCGAGACCAUGGAGCUGACCAACGAGAGGAUCAGCAACUGCGUGCAGCAGCACGCCUGGGACCGGUCGCUCUCCGUGCACCCGCUGUCCAUGCUGCUCAGCGGCAUCGUGGACCCUGCUGUCAUGGGGGGGUUCUCCAACUACGAAAAGGCUUUCUUUACAGAGAAGUACUUGCAGGAGCAUCCUGAAGAUCAGGAGAAGGUGGAGCUGCUAAAGCGACUGAUAGCAUUGCAGAUGCCUCUGCUGACAGAAGGGAUCCGCAUCCACGGGGAGAAGCUGACGGAGCAGCUCAAGCCUCUGCACGACCGGCUGUCUUCCUGCUUCCGGGAACUCAAGGACAAAGUCGAGAAGCUCUAUGGGGUCAUAACGCUGCCGCCCAACUUGACAGACAGGAAGCCAAGCCGCACGGGCUCCAUCGUGCUCCCCUACAUCAUGUCUUCCACUCUGCGGAGGCUGUCCGUCACCUCCGUGACGUCCUCUGUGAUCUCCACCUCUUCAAACUCGUCGGACAACGCCCCUUCCAGACCAGGAUCUGAUGGGUCAAUCCUGGAGCCACUGUUGGAGCGCAGGGCCUCCUCAGGUGCCAGAGUUGAAGACCUGCCCCUGAGAGAGGACGCUGAGAACCGGAUCAACAAGUUCAAGAGAAAAGACUGGAGUGUGAGCAAGUCCCAGGUCAUUGCAGAGAAGGCUCCAGAACCUGAUCUGAUGAGCGCAGCCAGGAAAGCACAAAGGCCAAAGAGUCUCCAGCUGGUGGACAAUCGGCUGACGCCAUUUCACAGUUCUUCGCCGCCUCAGUCAACGCCCUUGAGCCCGCCUCCACUCACCCCUAAAGCUACCAGGACCCUAAGCUCCCCGUCUUUGCAGAUAGACGGACUGGUGACUGCCUCUGUCCCGCCCCCGCCGCCCCCCAAAAGCAAGCCCUAUGAGAGCGGCCAGAGGAGCUCCACCGAGGUUGCUCCUCCGCUGCCCCUCCGAAGAGAAGCCAAAGUCCCGCCUCCCCCACCUCCGAAAGCUCGGAAGUCUAGCAUCCUUUCUUCUGAGCCUGGAUCCCAGUGAGGAUCUUGCCCUCUCCGUGAACCUCCGAGUGCCUUGGACACCUGCUGCCUGAGGACUGGCCUCCGGGAGCCGGGGUGGUCGUCACACGGGGCUCCCCGCUGACUGCGUUGCCUGAGCUGGGAUGGUUUUGUUCUUCUGGAAGCUUCUCUCUGGUCACUGUUCGAGGCCAUGCCACGUCCCCUCCAGUCCACAGGGAGUUCCAGAGGUGGCCAGAAAUCCUGUGCAUUUGUCAAAGGAGAGAUCUCCUUCACCAUGGGUAAAUUUCAGCCCCUACCACAGAGACUCCGGCGUCUGGACAGUUCUUCUGCGGUGUUUGCAGAGCACCCCGGUGAACCUACACCUUGGAGGGAUUUCUCGCUUUGCUUCUGAAAAGCUGUGCUGAGACUUAGCUACUUUUCUCUUGUGGACACACCUGUGCCCUCCCACAGAGCGUCCUGGAAGAGAUGGAUGUCAAGUUCACGUUGGUAGCCCAGAUAAUAGUACCUUGCUAAUGUCUACCAUGUCUCCUUUGAGCAAAAGAACACACUUUUUUUCAUGAAGGCUGCUCUCCGGCAUGAGUGGAUACCAUUAUUGAAAAAUAAUGUGAGCCCUCAGCUCUUGCGACCCGUCACCCCAUCCUCUCGUGGCACAGGAAAGCUGCCCUCUGCCUGUCCCCACCCAAACCCCGUCACACUCCUGACUAAUGGUCCUCACUGCGCCUUCUGACUGCAGACUCCUUCGCAGCUCUGUCUUUUGCACAUGCAGUUUUUGUCCUCUGAGCUCAAAUCACUGGCUACGAGGGACUUAGGAGCCUGGUUCAACAGCUUCUUUUCUACACCCCAUUUGGAUGACUCAGUGGCCCCUCUCUGCUGCCUGACUUUGAAUACAGUGCAAUAUUUCCCUUUGACUAUUUAUUUCUCUUGAUUGUGGAAUUAAUUUGAUUACUUGCUAAUGGUACUAAUUAUAAGUGCUCCUUUCAGAAGGAA